GGUACAGUGGCUAGUGUAAUAGCGGUAGCUGUACCCUAGUUGUACGAUAGAGCUGGGUCGAGUGUUGUGCAAAAGUGGUAAAAGAAUUUACAGGAGCAGUAGGGGAUUUAAGCAGAAAGUGCCUGCCGCUCACACAUUUCGAGAAUGAACCCGUGGAAGCUAGUUUUGUGCCUAUUUUACUCAACAGUGCUAACCUUUUUGGCAGCGCUGUCGUGCCAAGCGCAGAACACGGACGAGUCCGUCGAUGCAAAGAUCUCCGAGUUCUUCAGAUCUGGCCACACCAACAACUGGGCUGUUCUCGUGUGCACAUCAAGAUUUUGGUUCAACUACCGGCAUGUCGCGAAUGUGCUUUCCAUCUACCGAAGCGUCAAGCGUUUCGGCAUUCCGGACAGCCAGAUAAUAUUGAUGAUCGCCGAUGACAUGCCUUGCAACCUCCGCAAUCCUAAACCGGCUACUGUGUUCAAUAAUGCUCACCACCACAUCAACGUGUACGGCGACAACGUGGAAGUCGAUUACAGAGGAUACGAGGUCACGGUGGAGAACUUCAUUCGGAUACUGACAGGGCGCCUGCCUGCCAACACUCCACGCUCAAAGCGGCUUCUAACGGAUGAGUACAGCAACAUUCUCAUCUACAUGACAGGCCAUGGUGGGGAUGGAUUUCUGAAGUUUCAAGAUUCUGAAGAAGUCACAAAUGUUGAGCUGGCCGAUGCAUUCGAGCAGAUGUGGCAGAAACGGAGGUAUCAUGAGAUUUUCUUCAUGAUUGACACAUGCCAGGCAGAGUCUAUGUUUAAGCGUUUUUACUCACCCAACAUUCUCGCUGUGGCCAGUAGCAAGAUUGGCGAGGACUCGCUCUCGCACCAUGGUGACCCCACGAUAGGGGUGUAUGUCAUUGAUAGGUACACAUACUAUGCACUCAUGUUCCUUGAGGAGGUCAACACCAACAACACCAAGACUAUGGCCCAGUUCUUGCGUGUUUGUCCCAAGUCGGUGUGCAUCUCAACAGCAGUGUCACGCAAGGACUUAUUUACACGUAACUUGGACCAAGUGCCCCUGACAGAUUUCUUUGGGAGUGUGCGCAAUGUUGAGCUCACUCAACAGAAGGUCACACUGAAGCCCCUGCCACCACCAAGCACAUUGCUAAGCAAACCACAAGAAAACGUCACUGUCAACCAGAAGCAAGGCUGGCAAAAAAUUGGGCAAUUUUUAUUCCUUUCAUAGCAUGGCCACAUGGACUUAGGGGAGGUCAUAUAACGUUUUACAUUUGUGCAAUGACCGAGGAUAGGUCUUUGCUAUUUCGUUGUACAGUCACGCACAAACUGUAAAUAAGCACACUUGUAGGAGCUUGUUACUUAGGAUAUUUAAUAAAGAAAUUGAAUUAUCAGAGUGCCAAAAUUCCAUUAUAUA